CACAGCGUCAGUGAUGCUGAGCGCGCCCUGGACACCCUGAACUACUCGAGCAUCAAGGGCCGUGCUUGCCGCAUCAUGUGGAGCCAGCGCGACCCAAGCCUUCGCAAGAGCGGCCUUGGCAACGUUUUUGUCCGAAAUCUGGACCGUAACAUUGACAACAAAGCGCUGUACGAUACCUUCAGCCUCUUCGGGAACAUCCUCUCUUGCAAGGUGUCCACUUCGCCCGAUGGAAAGUCUCGUGGCUACGGCUUUGUCCACUAUGAGACUGAGGAGGCAGCCAAGCAGGCCAUUGAAAAAGUCGACGGCAUGCAAAUUGGUGAGAAGACAGUGGGCGUUGGUGGCUUCGUCAAGCGUUCAGAUCGUGAGAAGCCUGCAAUGAACACCUUCACCAAUGUGUACAUCAAGAACUUCCCAGUUGAAUGGGAGGAGGACAAGAUCAAGGAAGAGUUUGGCAAGAGUGGCAAGAUUACUUCCGCGCAUCUGCAGACGGACAAUAAGGGCCGAAAAUUUGCCUUCCUCAACUUUGAGACACACGCGGAGGCAGUGAAGGCAAUUGAGGAUUUUCACCAGAAAGACUUCCGCACUGACGAGCAGAAAGAAGCUGACAAGGAGAAAGAAGAAGAAGAGAAGGACCGUACAGAAAAGAGCUACCUGCUCUACGUCACACGUGCCCAGUCCAAGUCCGAGCGUCAGUUGGAGCUUAAGGAGAAGAUCCCGCCGAAGGAGACCGGCCCGGCGCGCUCCCAGGGAGUCAAUUUGUACAUUAAAAACUUGGAUGAGCAGACGGAUGACGACUCCCUGCGUGGCCUCUUCGAGUCCUUCGGCACCAUCACCUCGGUCUGCUCCAUGAAGGAGCCUUCUGGCAAGUGCAAGGGCUUUGGCUUCGUCUGCUUCAGCUCACCAGAUGAGGCCACCAAGGCUGUGACCGAGAUGCACCUCAAGGUGGUGAAGGGCAAGCCCCUCUACGUUGGUUUGGCCGAGAAGCGUGAGGUCCGUGCCGAGCGCCUCCGUCAGCGCUACUCCCCAAGCGGUGUCGGUGGCAAGGGCAUGGGCAUGGGAGGCAAAGGCAAGGGCGGCAAAGGUGGCGGAAUGGGCAACCAGAUGUACGGCAAUCCUAUGGGCGGCAUGGGAGGUAUGGGUGGCAUGGGUGGCAUGGGCAACAACCCCAUGAUGGGCAUGGGCGGCAUGGGCAAAGGCGGCAUGAUGGGCGGCCAAGGCCAGAAUGCCGGCAUGAUGAUGGGGGGCAAGCAGGGCAAGGGAGGCAUGCCCAACAUGCCCAUGAACCCUCAGAUGAUGGGCAUGGGAGGCAUGGGCAAGGGCAUGCCCAACAUGAACAUGCCUGGCGGCAUGGGCAAGGGUGGCAUGCCAAUGCCAAUGCCCAUGGGCAUGGGCCCCAUGGGUCCUAUGGGAAUGAUGCGCCCACCAAUGGCACAGAUGCCAAUGAUGCGCCCAGGAAUGCCUGCCCAGACCCCUGCAUCGCAAAACCAACCAGCAGCCCAAGCUGGCGGCGGCAGCGGUGGAGGCAGCCAAUUGACCGCCGCUGCCUUGGCUGCUGCCCCUCCACCCGUGCAGAAGCAGAUGAUUGGUGAACGCCUCUUCCCCGCCAUCUCCAAGCAUCAACCAGAACUGGCUGGAAAGAUCACAGGAAUGAUGUUGGAGAUGGACAACUCGGAGCUGUUGAUUCUCCUCGACAGUGAGCAUCAGCUCAAGGCCAAGGUGGAUGAAGCCCUACGGGUCCUGGAGCAGGCAAAGUCGUAAGACUCCGCCCUUGCGGAGCCGAAAAUUGGCCAGGUCUGGGCAGUGAGAUGGUUGUGACAGGUGACAGGUGACCUGCCUCGGUACCGCUGACUGACACCUCUUUCCGCAGACAUCCGAAGCAUUUUUUUG